UGCACAAUAUAGUGCAAGAUUCACGACCGAUCGCCAUUGCUAAUACGAUCGGCAAGGGAAACGCUGCAGCUACUACGAGCUGGAAAAUACGGUAGAGACCGCAAUAUUCGGCAAACACGACAGGCAAUUGUCUGCUGUGUUUGAAAGCGACACUAGAGGUUAACAGAGAACAACACGUCGGUUGUUUCUCACCCACACGAGCACGUUAACUUUACCACGGAGGGUUUGAAUACCGAAAUAAUUUCAGAAACGUCAGAAUGCAUCUUUCAAAAAACAUGUCAGGAAACCAAAUCGAAGUAUCUUGCUUGCACCGUAAAAGCGAUCGGAAGCCUAGCCCUCCCUGGCUCUUUAGAAGAGAUGAUCUCUUCUUUGGAUGUACCAGGGUGGGUGAAGGCAACUCCCACUACAGAACGCUUGGUUCUGCCACACGGUCGAGUAUUUAACCAAGAUGACCCCGACCUGUCUACCUUCGGCCUAGCUGACAGUCUGGCAGAGUCGGACUACCCUCCAGCAACUAGUGAUGACAUCAAGGAUUUGUUUCCGGAACUUGAAGGCCUGCUUGAGCUAAACCCAGAAGAUUUCUCAUUCAACCUCCAAAACAAAGUAGAUGAAGUCUGCCAACCACAGAGUCCAUCUCCAUAUGGCAGUGAGGUUGAGCUUAGCCCAACAGAGCCUAUCAAUGGCAUGGAACAUUUCUUUGACUCCUACAUGGACAUAUCAGACCUGCUCAGUUCAAUCACAAAUGAGGAGGUUAGUCCAACUUUAGCAGAGACUGUACCAAGCGAAGCCGCAGAAUUGACAGAAAAUGACAUACCUAUUUUAACAUCAACGAUUGUUGAUACGGAGGCCGGUUCCUCCCUUAUAUCCAACAUCGGCUCUCCCAAUGCAGACCAAAACGUUUGUCGCAAACGCCAUUUUACAUCAUCAUCAACUACAACUGACGAUGAAAUUGAUGAGGGAGACAGCAACUAUUUCAAAUAUCGCAAGAGGCGCGACAAGAACAACAUAGCAUCAAGGCGUAGCCGAGAGAAUCGCAAGCUCAAAGAGAAAGAUAUGGAGGAGAAGGCCGAGUUCUUGGUAACCGAAAACGAACGUCUAAAGAAGAAAAUUGAAGAAAUGACUCGGCUUGCUACAGAGAUGCGUGCCAGGCUCGUUGAAAGCAUUGCUAAAAAGUAAAUAUUUUGGGAUGUAUUUUUUCAAAUCACAUUAAAAUAUCUUUGCUUUUUGGGAUAUAUUUUAUGUAAGAACAGCUGUACAUAACCUACAUUGGGUUAGCUUGUAAAAAUGUGUAUUAUCCAGCUUAGAAAUAUAAAUACUACUGUACGGUGAAUUGGACAUAAAGUUAUUGGUUAAAAAUGUUCUAUUCAUGUAUACAGAAUAGUCACACAAGAAAUCAGGGCGUUUUUUAAACUUUUAUCUGAAACUGUUGCUUGAAUAUUGAUUUGUGUAGCCAGUAAUAAAAUAUUGCAAAAUAAUUUAGGGAAACAAUUGUUUAGUUUGCUAUUCAGAUAACCUUAGCAAAGUGUAAAGUCCAGUGUCAUAAAUAGUAUAUUUGUAUAUUGUAAAACUGCAUGUGGAUACCCUUAGUGAAUUGUAAAAAAUAAUUGAUGAAGAUAUCUUGGAGUAUAUUAAUUAUUAUUCUUAUUAUAAUAAUAAAUACGGAUAAUUUUAGUUCAUUGUACAAAAUAGAAGUACAUUGGAUUAUGCUGCACUACUGUAUGCUUUAAGUUAAGUUAUACAGCAGUGUCAAAAUUCAUAAGAGUAGGGGAACCUCACUUGUUUUUGUUUUUAAUAGUAUUUUGUACUUAAGCUAUGUUUAGUUUGUAAAUAUAACUGUCCUUACAGUAGUUUUAGACAGUUUUCCAUUUUUUACAUAUGAUCGAUUAUUUGUUUGGUAUCAUGAAAUGGAUAACUUGUAAAAUACAUGUUGAUAACGUAUGGAAAAAAUAGUGCAUAAUAAAUGUACAUAAGAGUACUGUAAA